AUGGACUCCGACUCAGAUAAUGAAGAUUUUGUGUCCUUUGGAACUCCUCUUGAGAUAAUACAGGAAGAUGAGCCCCUCCCGAAACCCAUAUCUGUACAGGACCAGAUUGUUCGUGAUCAACAGGGUCGUCAGCGUUUUCAUGGAGCUUUUACUGGAGGAUUCUCAGCUGGUUUUUUUAAUACAGUGGGAUCAAAAGAAGGUUUUACCCCAUCAACUUUUGUUUCUUCAAGAGCAAAGAGGGCUGAUCAACAUGAACACAGACCUGAAGAUUUCAUGGAUGAAGAUGACAAAGGAGAAUAUGGGAUAGCUCCAAGGAAACUUGUAACAACUCAAAGGUUUGCUGGUGAGGAGGUCGGCCCCAAGAAAAGACCAGCUGCUGACUCUAACAUUAUUCCUGAUGAUGGCAGGAUACAAGACAUAAUCAAACCUACAGAUGAGACGAUUGGUGCAAGGCUUCUUCGCAGAAUGGGCUGGAAACCUGGACAAGGGGUUGGACCAAAGAUGGAAAGGAUGAAGAAAAGCAAGAGAAAGAAAAAUAAAGGUGGUGGCAGAGUGUACGGAUGUUCUAGACCGCCGGUGCUGGGACAACAGAGUGAUGACGACAGUGACGCUGAUGACAACAAGGAAGGGGACGACGAUGGCCCUGUGGAAGAUAGCGAUGAGGAGGACUUCAUGCGGGGCUUCCUCUUUGCUCCCGACGACAUUCAGGACUUCAUCUUCGCCCUUAAGGAUGACCAGCACGGCAUCGGCUACCAAGGAAUGGACUCGAGGUCAGUACUCGGUGGCCAUGUAACUCUGUUUGAUGAACCAGUCAUGAAGCAGAACAGGAGACAAGGCAUAAAGGGUCGUGCAUUUGGAAUAGGAGCAUUUGAGGACGAAGAAGAGAGUGAUGUCUACUCCACUGACCGGAUGUCUAACUAUGACCGUGUCUUAGGGGGAGAGGAAGAAAAAACAGAGAGAAGGAUGUUUGGUUGGACAGGACCUCCUCCUCGACAUUCAAGUGAUGUUGAUAUUCUUGAUGGAUUCGAAGCUGCAUCUCAAGGAAAAAUUUCAACAAAGGUGUUCCAUCCUCCAUCAUUGCCAAGGGACUUCCGUCCAUUUCAUCAAUUCAAUACUCCUACCGUGGAGACACCUAACCCUCCCAAGACGCAAGCUCACAGUCGGUUCACGCUCAGUGCAGACCAGAGAGCUGCUAUGCUCGGAGAAGAACGACUACCAGGACCUUCGAGCGUAGAUGAGCUGUUGUCCAGUCAGGACCUGGCCCUACUUAAAGAAGCCCGUGACAAAGCAUCCAGUCUGGAGCAGGAUGCUCCUCGGCAUCGAACACAAUUGGACAGGGGUGCUUCCCGCUGGUCUGCCCCCACCCAAGAAGCUACUUCCCAAGCGACAGGGUCAGGUUUCCAACCCUUUGCCAAGGAUGAGGAGAAACAGCAGAGGUACGAGCUCUACUUGCAGAACAGACACCAAGGCUCCCAGACGGCAACAGGGGACACCAGGACAGAAUGGGAGAAGCAGCAGGAGAUAGAGGAGUUCUCCAGGGCUGCAUCCCUCUACCAUAAACCCAUGUCAGGUCUCAUGGCAUCCAGGUUCGUCAGAGCCAAGCACUCAGAUGAUGUCGACGACACGGUGGAGGUUCCUGCUGAUCUGGGGGGUGAUGCGAAUGACCAGUGCAAGGCUGCGGAGAUGAAGAUGUUCGGUCAGCUGACUAGAGAUACCAUGGAAUGGCACCCAGACAAACUGCUCUGCAAACGAUUCAAUGUGGCGGAUCCAUACCCCGAAUCGUCCAUUGUUGGUCUUCCGACCGUGAAGAAGGACAAGUAUUCUGUAUUUAACUUCCUUGAGAUCCAGCAAUCGACCAGUGCUCAGAUGGAUAUAUACCCUACUCAACCAGAAUUGCCUCAAGUUGCAUCAAAAGAUGUAGUAGAAGAGCCAUCGAGAGGAGCUUCUGAGAAAAAAUCAAGAUGGGACCAACAUCCUGGUAUCCUUGCCAAUGUUGGAUCUAAGAAAGAGAUUCAAGAUGAUGAAAAUCAACAAAAGAGCAAGAUUAUAGAGUAUGAAGUUCCCAUCCAGGAUUCAACUGGAGAGGGUGAUGACAAGCCCCGUCUUCCAUUAGAUCUCUUUCAAGCCAUCUUCCUGGACUCAGAUACCAGCAGCAGCAGCAGUGAGGAGGAUCAUGACAGUGAUGGUGAGGGGGAUCGGAAGAAACCCGAUGGGCCACCGCUUGCUGAACUCCAGACUGCACAAGGUAAGACGGUCUUAUGCAUGAUUAUGAGAUUUAAAAGAAGAUUUUGUGGAAGUUUUUAAAGAAUAUGUGUUUAAAGAUGAAUUUGUUUCGAUUCUCACUACAGUGCUUUAUUCCCCUGAGUAUUUUAUAUCCAUUGGUGUAGUAUUAUACAUAAUUUAAAACAAUUAACGAGAGAGGAUAUAAUAUCAAAUUCUUUUUUAGAGAGUAAUGAUAGAGAUAAAGGGAAACAGGACAUUGAAAUAUGGUUGUACACAUGUUAUACCAUCUUUAAUUUUUUGUUUGAUAUGUUGGGGUUCUUUGCAUGAAAAGGAUGCAUGUCUUUAUGUCUUUAUUGGUGUCAUUUGCUGUCAUCAUUUUUGUUUUAUUAUUGUAUGUCUAACCCACUUUAUUUUCGGAGUGACCUUGACCUUUAAAGUUCAAAUUCACCCCAACAAUAUGUGAAAUAAGUUAUGAUGAUAUACAAUUUUGCUUUUGUAAUUCUUUUGUAUUUUGUUAUAUGGGGUAUUAAAUAUUUCAUAUUUUCUAGAUUUAAUGAAAGGAAGUUCUUGAUUGAAUCAUGAUAAAGUACAAAAAUUGCAAUUUACUGCAUUCAAGCCAUCUUUUCUAUAAUAGGAGGUUUGAUUCUUCAUAUUUCAACUGAAAAAAUAGUGUCUGUAACAUCAACUUCUGCAUUUGCACACUGUCCAUGGUAGAUACAAACUGUUGUAAAAAAUGAAAUAUCAUAGCUUUCUUAUAUUCCAUCUAAUUCUGAUGAGAUUUUCAGUGUUAUGCUUAUUAUCUUUCAUCUUACUGGUGGGAUGUGAACUAGGUGAUAACAUAAAGAGUACAACUUUAUUUGUUGUACUACUGGUAUAUAAUUCUGAAAUUCUAUCUGUUCAUUUAGAAAUGUUAUAUGAAUCACAACUUGAAAUACUAUACAUUUCCGUGCAAGGUGAUGCCUUGUACAACACCUACACAAAGGGCGG